UCCAUGUCUGGAGUGGAGGGACGGCGCCGCGUUCUCGCCUUUCCGUGUGUACAUUUUAGUAAAUAAACGUGGAAGCGGGAGCAGUACCUGGAGGCAGCGGGUCAGACGGCAGUCCCCGAUCAUCGUGGUGUGCUGUUUGAGUGCUAGCUGGAACUCUAGCUCGCAGUUUAUUCCCCAUUUUAACUUUACUGAGCGGCGUUUUCCGCCGUUUUUUUUUCUCUCCGCCGCCCCGCUCACUCUAACGUUACCCCCCGCCCCCCCCCCGCGUGAGAGUCGGGGCCUGCAGCGUUGGUUUGGCCACGAGGAGCGUUGGUAUAGCUGGAAUAGGGCGAUGGCGGAGUUCGGUAACGGACUUGCGGAGGAAUCCCUACUAGAUUCAGACCCCGGACAUCCCGAGUUGGAAGACCCGGGUGUCGGUGAUGAAGAGCCGGGGUUAGAAGAGGGUGAGGCCGCGAUCGAAGACCCGGAGCUGGAGGCAAUCAAAGCUCGUGUCAGAGAGAUGGAGGAAGAGGCAGAGAAGCUGAAGGAGCUGCAGAACGAGGUGGAGAAACAGAUGAAUCUCAGCCCCCCACCAGUCGGCCCCGUCAUCAUGUCCAUCGAGGAGAAGAUGGAGGCAGACGGCAGGUCUAUUUAUGUUGGAAACGUGGAUUACGGUGCCACGGCAGAAGAGCUUGAGGCUCACUUUCACGGCUGCGGCUCAGUAAACAGAGUCACCAUCCUGUGUGACAAAUACACAGGACAUCCCAAGGGGUUUGCUUAUAUUGAGUUUGCAGACAAAGAGUCUGUGAGGACAGCCAUGGCUUUGGACGAGUCCCUGUUCAGAGGAAGGCAGAUAAAGGUGGGCGCUAAGAGAACAAACAGACCAGGUAUCAGCACCACAGACCGCGGUUUUCCACGGGCUCGCUUCCGAUCACGGGGAGGAAGCUUCUCAUCGCGUGCGCGCUACUACAGUGGCUACACACCCCCGAGAGGCAGAGGACGGGCCUUCAGGGGCCGAGGGCGAACAACAUCGUGGUAUUCCCCUUACUAAACACCCCCCCCCCCCCAACACCCCCUUACUAUUGACCCUCCCCCUCUCUGUUCCAUUUAAGAAACACACACAGUGACACCCUGCCCCCCCCCCCCCCCAACAAUAAAAGAAGAGAACCCCAGAAGAGAGAAAAAAGUCAAACAGGAAACCCUGUGGUGGACAGAGACUGACUGCCGCAGUGUGUGUGUGAGCGUGCGUGUGCCGAGGUUGGUGCGGUCGGCCCUGGUAAGGUAUCAGUUGGCCACUGGGGGGGGGGCACGGUGGCAGAUUCCUUCAUUGGUUUUUGUUGGGUGGGGGCGGGGGCGGGGCGAUGAUGGUACCUCAGGCUGCAGAUGUGUCUCCUUUGGUCUGGCUGUGACCUCCUGCUUUCACACCAUCACCAACACAGCCACCCACUCACCCCCACCACCACCUAAACAAGGAGAAGUGUGUGUGUGUGUGGGGGGGGGGGGGGGCAGCUACAGGACGACAGUGUGUUCAUUUUAGUUUUGAAUGUACAUUUGUGAAAUGACAUCCAGAGUGUUGUGUUUUCAGUUUGUGGUUUGGAGUAUACCCCUCCCCUCCCCCUCUCCCUCCCCUCCCUCUCUCCCUCCCCCCAGUGGACAGUUUGUCUCUGAACAGUGAUGGACCUGCUGUGUUCAUUGUUUUUGUUCUUUUUUCGUGUGGGCGGGGUCGUUAUACUCCCACCUGCCCCCCCACAUCCCACCCAGCAUGGCCUCACUUCAUUUUAUUUUGACAUCAGUGUUUUUAUUUCGUGCGACCCCCCCCCCCCCCCCUCCCCCUCUCUCUGUGCUUCUUGUUUCCCCCGUUUCCCCCCUCCCCCCUCCCCCCCCUCCUCUCUCUGUAUAUUAGACCACUUCUUGUCGUUUCAGGUUUCAGGACCAGUGGAGGCUGACGACCCCUCCCCAGGUGGCGCCGGCCCCCCCCACUGUCUCUGCAGCGUCUCUCUCUCUCUCUGCUCCUGCUAUGCACACUCACCCCAUCCUGUCCGUGUGGGGGGGUGGGGGAGGGGGGCAGGGUGACCACAGGCCCGCGGCGGGGGGCAUUUACUA